AUGACAUCUGUACAGCUUUACGAUCGUGAUAGGGCUAUGAUUCAAGAUCUAACUGGUCUAUUUAUGCAUAACCAGUUCGUCCCUAGCAGAGAAUAUGCUGUUAUAGAUAUUCUAAAUCCUUUCGUCGGUGAGAAGAUUGGAACAUUUAGUGCCGCUCAAUCGAGCGACAUGGACAUUGCUGUUGAGUCAGCUACGAAGGCCUUUGAAGGAGAAUGGAGACAAACCCCAGCGGUGACCAGAGGGCAGCUGCUACUUCGACUCGCAGACUUGAUUGAGCGCGACGCCAGUCGAUUUGCCAGUAUUCAUUCCAUUGAUGGAGGUUUCGUAUACGGCGACGUCCUUGCCGUGCACAUCCCACAAAGCAUCUCCACUCUGCGUUACUCCGCAGGCUGGGCCGACAAAAUAACCGGCAAAAACAUCUCAUUUCCCGAAGGUUUCGGUGUCACUCGCCACGAGCCUUUUGGUAUAUGUGCUGCAAUUAUCCCUUGGAACGCGCCAUUCCAUCGCGACAGGAAACGUAUUGAUCGUGAAAACACCAGAGCUCGCCCCAGUCUACGGGUCUACGGUCAAAAAUUAGCGCAACUCAUUGUAGAAGCGGAUUUCCCUCCGGGCGUGGUCAACAUCCUCUGCGGAGAGGGCUCGAUUGCUGGCGACGCGAUUGCGCAACACAUGCAGGUCCGCAAGGUUUCUUUCACUGGCAGCACCCUGACUGGUCGUCAUAUUCUUCGUGCCUCCGCCAACUCCAAUCUGAAGAAAGUAUCCUUGGAGCUUGGCGGGAAGAGCCCAUCAAUUAUUUUCAAUGAUGAAAAACUCUCUAAUGCGGUGAUGUGGACUUACAUCGGAUCAACUGCGAAUAAUGGACAGGUCUGUGCACUUGGGUCCCGCAUUUAUGUCCAAGAUGGCAUCUACGAUGCAUUCUUGGAUGGGUUUCAAGCUCAUGCAAAGCGACAGCCCGCUAGCUUGGGCAAUCCGUUGGCUUCCGGAAUCAUUAUCAGCGGACCGCAAUACCAAAAAGUGGUCUCGUAUAUUGGCAAGGCGAGAGAAGAGGGCGCAACGGUCUACAUGGGAGGCGCUAAUCAGGCUGUCUGCAGUAGCGGGUUUGUCGAGAAUACUUAUUUUGUUGAUAUGAAGGAAGACAUGGCUGUUGUUACAGAUGAGGUUUUCGGACCCGUGGCCACCAUUCACCGAUUCUCCACAGAAAAAGAGGUCGUUGAGAAGGCGAACGCCAGUGAAUAUGGAUUGAGUCACGUUACGGUCAACGUGUGGGCUAUGAUGAUGCCGAACAUGCCUUUCGAUGGCGUCAAGCAAAGUGGCUACGGACGGGAUCUGGGAGAACAUGCCCUUCAUAAAUGGACCUACGUGAAAGCCGUCAAGUAUUUGAUUUCGGAACGAUCUGUGGCCAUCCUCGGCGCUGGUGUUCUUGGUCGACGAAUUGCCCUUGUAUGGUCAGCGGGUGGUUUUACUGUCAGUCUACGUGAGCCAGAUGAGUCCCAGCGCAUUGCUGCCAUUCAAUACGUGAGCGAAAAUUUGCUGAGGGCCGAGAAGAGGACUGGUAAACAGCUAGGCCAAGUUCAAGCCGUCGAGACUCUGGAGGAGGCCGUCAAGAACGCUUGGCUGGUUAUCGAAGCAGUUCCGGAGUCACUCCAGCUAAAAAUCGACACUUUCGGUCAGCUAAAUGCGCUCGUUAUGGACGACUGUAUACUAUGCUCUAACUCGUCGGCCUACAAGACACGCGAUAUGCUUGUCCUGGUGAACCUGAGAAUCGCAAUCGAAUUCUGA